AUGUGGUCUAAUGACUCGGUCUUUGGGAUCUUCUUUUUCUACCAGACUGCCUUUGGCUUUCUAGGAAACUCAACGUUGUCAAUGGUGUAUAUCAACAUUUUCAUAAAUCAACCCCAGCAGAAGAAAAGCAUAGAUGCGAUCCUCAUCCACUUGACCGUGGUCAACACUGUGACACUUCUCACCCGUGGGGUCCCAGAGACUUUGGUUGCCUUUGGGAUGAAGCACAUUCUGAACGAUGUUGGGUGUCAGAGUCUCAUGUACAUUAACAGAGUGUGCCGUGGUCUUUCCAUCUGCACCACUUGUCUCUUAAGCGUGUUCCAGGCCAUCACCAUCAGUCCAAACACCUCCUCCUGGGCUUGGCUCAAAUCCAGAGCCCCCAACUACAUCCUCCCUUCCUUCCUCUUCUUCUGGAUGCUCAACAUGUCAAUCUACAUCAGAGUGAUUACCUCCAUUCAAAGCAUUAGAAAUGUCACCAUCUUGGGUCAUGGAUAUGUCUCAAAGUACUGUUCCACUAUCCCUAAUGGGAAUUUUAUUCACUCGGUUACCUUUCUAUGUGCCAUGACUUUCCGAGAUCUCCUCUUUGUGUUCCUCAUGAGCUGUGCCAGUGGCUACAUGGUGACUGUGCUCUACCGACACCGGAAACAAGUCCAGCACAUCCACAGAGACAGCCUCUCCCCCAGAUCCUCUGCAGAGACCAGAGCUGCCCACACCAUCCUGCUUCUGGUCUCCUGCUUCAUUUGUUUUUAUUGCAUCAGUAGCUGCAUUACCCUAUACGUGACAUAUGUGAUCCCAAAGGAUGCUGAUUUGGAAAGUGCUGCAACAUUCUUCUCUGCCUGUUACCCUGCCCUCUGCCCCCUGGUCCUGAUCAGCAGUGAUCCCCGUAUCACCAAGAAUCACUGCAUCCUGGGGAAAGAGAGACAUCCCUCCCUUUUCAAGAGCCCUACGGCUAACCAGGUCAUUGUCAAGAACUAA